GAAGGGUCAGGCCUGCAGAGAUCUCAUGAUGCCCUUCACUGAACUAGUUAAACAUCUAGAGUAAGAACCUGUGGCUACUUCUCCUGAUCAGACUGGGAGGUUUUAUAAAUCCCUUCAAAAGAGGAAGAGAACCAGGCCAAGAGAAUAACAAAAAGAGACAGGCAGAAACAAUCAGGAGUUGCCAGUGACAAAAAGGAAAAGAGGGAAAGCAAAAACCUGAAGGGCAAAAAGGAGUAGGAGAAAGAGAUUGGAUUCAACACACAGCACGGAAGCCGCUCCUUCUUCUGUCCAGUUCCACUUGGAACUGGUGAGUUCCACUGGACUGAUGAGGAUGAACUGAAAGUAGAAAGGACAAGAAGACUCUGGGCAACUUGAGACACCAAGAGGCCACACAGUCACCUUACAGGGAUGCAUAACUCAAUCAUGAUCUGCUUUGUUGUGGGGAGUUUCUUAUGGUUCCCCCAAGUGAGAGGUGAGGAAGGCUGCCUCAACACUGAACUGUGUUCAGGUACAGCAUGGGACCGUCUGUGGUAUAUCUGGCUGGUGCUGGUGAUUGGGGGGCUCCUGCUCCUGUGUGGCCUGGUCUCUGUCUGCAUGAGGUGCUGCUUCCAGUGCCAUCAGACAGGGGACGAAUCUGGCCCUCAGCCCUAUGAGGUCACCGUCAUCGCAUUUGACCAUGACAGCACCUUGCAGAGCACCAUCACUUCUCUCCACUCAGUGUUUGGGCCUGCAGCCAGGAGAAUAUUAGCUGUGGCACACUCCCACAAUGCUGCCCAGGGAACACCUCCACUCUCCACAUCAGACACCCCUCCAGUGUAUGAAGAAGCUUUACACAUGAGCAGGUUCACAGUCGCCAAGGUGGGGCAGAAGGUGCCAGACCUGGAUCCAGUGCCAGAGGAAAAACCGCCGGCACCUGCCGAGGGUAAGGAUGCCCAGCCGCCCCUCCCAGGACACUGACAUCUGGUUUUACUUGACAGCAAACAAUACAGGAUAGUUACAUGCAGAGACUAAUUCAGGUGGGCAAAUUUAAGAAUUUCAGAUUCAUUUCUGUAGUCAGUUGAGAAAGAGAGGGGAAAAGCAACUAAAAUUCCAAGUAUUUUCAGCUCUAGCAUAGUCUAAUGGCUCCUUUUGACACCUCCUUCAGAUAAUUUGCAUUCUCCAAGUCCAUUCAUUACACGCACACAAGACUAGAAUCACACAGCACAAAUAAGCAGGCAGCAGGAUCAAGGUGCUGAACCUUUUUGUAGGCUAGUGAUCUGCAGGGUGGCUGCAGAUGCAGUCUCAUUCCUCUUGCCUUUAGCCUCAGUUUCCUCAGGAUGGCAGAGUGGUCUUCAAAAUAGAAAGGAAAAAAAAAAAAAAAGAAGCUAUUUGCAAAGGUCUAUGGAUGCUAAAUGCAAGCAACAAGCAGGGAGCACAGUGCCUGUGGAAAAGCAGGCUGCAUAACUUUCUCAGACUCACCUGAGAAAGCAGCCUGGGAAAUCAUAAGGAGGAAUCAAAACAAUCGUCAGAGACAGAAGACAGCGUUGC